GGGAAUCCCCAAUGACGUCAAAAAGCAUUGUGGGCUACGUGGCAUUCGCCAUAGGAGUGAUAUGUAACAAUCUACGUCGUGUCCAAAAUAUCGUCAUCUGUGAAAAUCUGCGGUUUCCACGUCGCCGGUAAUUGUCUGUAAGCCAGGCCAUGGCUACCUAUCAAGAAUUCAUUCAGCAAAAUGAAGACCGUGACGGGGUGCGGUUCAGCUGGAACGUGUGGCCGUCCAGUCGACUCGAGGCGACCCGAAUGGUUGUACCCCUGGGGUGUUUGUUCACGCCGGUAAAAGAGAGACCAGACCUCCCCCCCAUCCAGUAUGACCCUGUGUUGUGUACUCGGCCAACAUGCAGGGCAAUCUUGAACCCUUACUGCCAAAUUGACUACAGAGCUAAAGUAUGGUCCUGCAAUUUCUGUUACCAGAGGAAUCCGUUUCCCCAGCAGUAUGCAGCCAUCUCGGAGGCCCACCAGCCUGCUGAGAUCAUCCCCCAGUUCUCCACUAUAGAAUACACCAUCAAUCGUGCAACAUGCCACCCUCCCAUCUACCUGAUAGUGCUGGACACUUGCAUGGAGGAGGAGGAUCUCCAGGCCCUAAAGGAGUCCCUGCAGAUGUCUCUCAGCUUGCUACCCCCCAACGCCCUCAUCGGACUCAUCACAUUCGGCAAGAUGGUGCAGGUUCAUGAGCUCGGCAGUGAGGGGGUGUCCAAGAGCUAUGUGUUCAGAGGAAACAAGGACCUCACUGCUAAACAGAUACAGGAAAUGCUUGGCAUUGGGCGUGGCACUGCUCAGUCUCAGCAGAGGGGCCCCCAGGGUCCCAACCAGCAGUAUCAGCUGCCUAUGAACAGGUUUCUACAGCCGGUGCACAAGUGUGACAUGAGUCUCACUGACCUGUUGGGAGAACUACAGCGUGACCCGUGGCCAGUCAGCCAGGGCAAGCGACCGCUCCGCUCAACUGGUGCAGCCCUGUCCAUCGCUGUGGGGCUUCUGGAGUGCACAUUCCCCAACACUGGAGCACGUGUGAUGUUGUUUGUGGGCGGGGCGUGUACCCAGGGGCCGGGGAUGGUAGUGGGGGACGAGCUGAAGCACCCCAUCAGGUCCCACCAUGACAUAGAGAAGGACAACUGCAAGUAUAUGAAGAAAGCCAUGAAGCACUACGAAGGCCUCUCCAAUCGGGCCGCAACCAACGGCCAUGUGAUAGACCUGUUUUCCUGUGCCCUAGAUCAGACUGGACUGCACGAGAUGAAGUUCUGUCCUAAAUACACCGGUGGCCACAUGGUGAUGGGCGACUCGUUCAACACGUCCCUGUUCAAGCAGACCUUCCAGAGGGUGUUUGCCAAGGACAUGAAGGGGGAGUUCAAGAUGGCCUUUGGUGCAACCGUGGAAGUAAAGACGUCUCGAGAGUUGAAGGUGUCGGGUGCUAUUGGUCCGUGUGUGUCUCUUGGGGUGAAGGGGCCGUCUGUGUCGGACACAGAGAUUGGCCUUGGGGGGACGUGUCAGUGGAAGAUGUGUGGGAUAUACCCAAACAGUACCCUCAGCAUGUUCUUUGAAGUGGUCAAUCAGCACAAUGCACCUAUCCCACAAGGGGGACGAGGGUACAUACAGUUCAUCACACAGUAUCAGCACUCAAGUGGCCAGAGACGGAUCCGUGUUACCACAACAGCUAGGAACUGGGCCGAUGCCAGCACCAACAUCCAACACAUAGCAGCAGGGUUCGACCAGGAGGCUGCAGCAGUACUGAUGGGGAGAAUAGCCGUGUACAGAGCCGAGACAGAUGACGGCCCGGAUGUGUUACGAUGGCUGGAUAGGAUGCUCAUUAGAUUAUGUCAAAAGUUUGGAGAUUAUCACAAAGAAGACCCGAACUCGUUCCGGUUCUCGGAAAACUUCUCACUCUACCCUCAGUUUAUGUUCCACCUUAGACGAUCACAGUUCCUCCAGGUCUUUAACAACAGUCCGGAUGAGACCUCAUACUACAGACACAUGUUGAAUGUAGAAGACUUGACGCAGUCGCUCAUCAUGAUACAGCCAAUACUCUACGCCUACUCCUUCACAGGACCUCCAGAGCCUGUGCUUCUCGACACCAGCAGUAUACAGCCAGACAGGAUACUCCUGAUGGACACCUUCUUUCAGAUAGUUAUAUACCAUGGAGAGACAAUUGACCAGUGGAAGAAGCAGGGUUACCACGACCUACCGGAGUAUGAGAACUUCAAGCAGCUGAUGCAGGCGCCAGUGGACGACGCCCAGGAGAUUCUACAGACGAGGUUCCCCAUGCCCCGAUACAUCGUCACCGAGUCCGAGGGAUCACAGGCUCGGUUCUUGCUGUCCAAGGUGAACCCGUCUCAGACACACAACAACGCAUACGGAUGGGGACAGGUCAUCACAACGGGGGGCCCAGAGGAUGGCGGUUCUCCUGUACUGACGGACGACGUCAGUCUGCAAGUAUUCAUGGAUCAUCUAAAGAAGUUGGCCGUCUCCUCCUCAUCUUGAUUAGUACCAACCCUCAUCUAGUACCGACCGAUUCCAUCUGGCUUGAUGUAGACACAAUGCUUGCCGCUGUACAACGCCACACCCCGACGCAAAUCAGGACUCCCCAACGCCAGGAUCCUGAAAGAUUUGUCGUGUGUUUCUGUGUAUGGCUUCUGUCCGACAUGUCGAGAAAACGGACUCUCAAAUGUGUGGAUUAGCAACUAGAUGAUGCUUGACAUGAUGUAAUGCCAAAGCAAAGACAAUACAUAUGAUUUCGCUACCAGUGAUACAUGUUUUCUGCACAAUAUGGAUGUUCCUUAGUCAAUAACUAUCCUGGAGAGUGUAGAGUGCCAACGUGGUUCUCUGUUUACGGUCGUCUUUGGAUUUGCCAAAGAAACAACUGUCACACCUUGUCUUGCUUUCUAAGGAAUCUUAUUCUUGUUAAAUAACUUGUGAAUUGGUAAGGCUUAACAUUAUCAAAUAGGUAUGUUCUAAUUCCAGAUAGCUUUGUCAGACGCAAGAUAAUGUUGAUAGUCACGUGGUGCAUAUUAGAUAUUCAUGGCUGCAGACAAUAAUGUAUAUAUAAUAAAUACUAUGUAAUUUUAUCAUGUUCAUAUUGGUAGUACAUGCAGGAAAAAUGAUGACUGGUUCUGUGACAGUUUUAUCAAUUGUAAAAAUAGAAAUGAUUGACAGAUAUCAAACUUGAACUGCAUGUUUUGUCUUAUUUAUAUCUAUUUGUUAAAUGGUUUUUCUUCUCUUGAAAAUAAAUACAACAAUCUGCAGAG